AUGGCGGAGGCGGAGGUGCGGCUGCGGGCGGCGGCGCGGCGCGGCUGGCGCGCGGCGCUGGCGCGGCGCCUGCCCGUGCUGGGCUGGGCGCGGCGCUACGGGCGCGCGGACGCUGCGGCCGACGCUGUGGCGGGCCUCACGCUGGGCCUCACGCUGGUGCCGCAGAGCAUCGCCUACGCCUCGCUGGCCAACCUGCCGGUGCAGUACGGCCUGUACUCCGCGUUCGUGGGCACGAUGCUGUACGUGGUGCUGGGCUCGGUGAAGGAGGUGUCCAUCGGCCCCACCAGCCUCAUGGCGCUGAUGACGCUGCACACGUGCCGCGGGCUGCCCGUCGACUUCGUGGUGCUGCUCACCUUCCUGGCCGGCUGCCUCGUGCUGCUCAUGGGACUGCUGCGCCUGGGUUUCCUGGUGGAGCUGAUGUCGCCGUCGGUGACGCGGGGGUUCACGGCGGCCACGGCGCUGAUCAUCGUGGUGUCGCAGCUGAAGGGGCUGCUGGGCCUGAGCUUCGUGGCGGAGUCGCCGCUCGACAACGCGCGCCUCAUCGCGGCGCGCUGGCGCCACGUGCGCCCGGCCGACUGCGCGCUGGGCGCCGCGUGCUGCGCCACGCUGCUGGCGCUGCGGAAACUGAAGGACAUACCCCUCAGCGCCAAGCGGCAAAGGCUGAAGAAGCUGCUGUGGCUGGUGUCCAUCGCGCGCAACGCGCUGGUGGUGCUGGCCGCGUCCGCCGUGGCUUUCUGCACACACGACGCCGACGCUCCGCUGUUCAAGCUCUCUGGUAAAGUGGAGUCCGGGCUGCCCAAGUUCGGCCUCCCGCCGUUCAGCACCACGCUUGGCAACCAGACUGUGGGAUUCGUUGAGAUGGUGGAGCGACUCGGCUCGGGGCUGGCCGUACUGCCCUUCGUCAUGGUACUCGCUAACAUCGCUAUCGCCAAGGCGUUCAGCGUGGGCGGGCGCGUGGACGCCACGCAGGAGAUGGUGACGCUGGGCGUGUGCAACAUCGUGGGCGCCUUCGUGCGCGCGAUGCCCACGUGCGGCGCCUUCACGCGCUCCGCCGUGUCGCACUCGUCCGGCGUGCGCACGCCCGCUGCGGGGCUGUAUUCCGGUAUAAUCACCUUGCUGGCCCUCAAUUACCUCACACAGUACUUCUACUUCAUACCCAAGGCGUGUCUUUCGUCUGUGCUCAUCUGUGCGGUUAUAUUCAUGAUGGACCCUCGCGGGCUGCUGGCGCUGUGGCGCGCGAGCCGGCGCGAGGCGGGCGUGGCGCUGCUGACGCUGGGCGCGGGCGCGGCGCUGGGCGUGGAGGCGGCCGUGCUGGGCGGCGCGCUGGCCAGCCUGGCCGCGCUGCUGCGAGACCUGCUGCGCCCGCCGCGCCUGCUGCUGGCCGCCGACAAGGCCGGCGGGCCGGGCGUGCUGCGCGUGCGCGUGCGGCGCGCGCUGGUGUACCUGAACGCGGAGCGCGCGGCGGCCGACGUGCGCGCGGCGCUGGCGGCGCGCGCGCUGCACCGCGCCGUGCUGCUGGACUGCGGCUCGCUGGCGCUGCUGGACCACAGCGCCGCGCAGGUGCUGAGCCGUCUUAUGGAGGAAUUAGAAGAGCGAGGGCACCACUUGGUGUUCUACAACGUGUGCCCGGAGGCGCUCGAGGCCCUGCGCCGCAUCCCGCGGCUCGACACGCGCGCGCUCGGCGCCCGCUCGCUCGCCGACGCGCUGGCGCUCGCGGCCCAGCCCCCCCCGCCGCCCGCCGCGCCCGCCGCGCCCGAGACGCUGCCGCUGCUGGGCGAGUGCCGCUCCGCCGCGGCGGAGGUGUGAGGGCGGCCAUCGACACUAAUCUAUUUAUUUGCUACAAUGAAAACCGCAUGGCGCCCGGAGAGUAAGGUAAAAGUAUAGGACUGGGACUCGAGUGAUGGAUUAGAUAGUAUAGUUUUAUAUGUUCAUUCUAUUCUAUAUUAAAACAAAGUAAGACGGGAUUACAAUAAGAAGUGAAGAUGUCCUUGUGAUUGUAUUCGUAAAACCAAAGAGUUGUUAUUGAUACAGAUACGAACCGACGCACGUCCAAAUAAUGAGUAUGCUACGAAACCAUGGUCUUUUGACUUGACAGUAUCGUGACGUCAUUCUCCAGAGUUGCACGUAACGACGCGCUGCGCCACUGCGAAAGGCUCCUUAGCUAACUGAAGUUAGAAAAGCGAUCACCCGCUACUAACUUCAUUCUGUGACCUGAAGAUAUUGGACUAGUUUGAUUAUAUUAAAUCCUUAUACUUAUAUGAAAUUGGCGUUUCAUACAGUCGGUUUUUUAAAUUAUAAAAUAUUUAUUUUAUAAAAGUAUGUAUUUUCUAUUACAUUUACCAUUGCUAUUUAUGCACUUUUGUCAUCUCAUGGAUAGUUCGUGAAUCCCAUUUCCAAAAUCCCAUUCGGACGAGAAUCGUAUUCAAAUCUUUGAAGGCGCUUUGGACUACCCCAUCGGAGUUGAAUUGUUCCCCUUGCAUGGAGUUAUACAAAUUUCGUAAAAUAUGUUAAUCUGUCGGAGCAAGGUUAAGGGAAUAUGGUGGAUGUCUUAGACAUUCCAAUUGACUCGGUAGCCGCCUGUUGUGCGGUGUGUUAUAGUGGCCUCGAGCGACUGACCAGCCCCGGUUGUUUAGCAGCUUGCUAUUCCAUCAUGGCUUGCAGUGGCUGACCAUAGACGUCCGCCGUAAUCGUCUGACCGGAUUUAAGGAAGUUGUAGUAAACGACACCACCAAAAUUACUUGUGAGCAGACUAGUGCCAAACACGCACAAGUAAUUUUUUAGUCAAUUUUCGCUUUGGGCAGGAUUUGGCAGGUUUGCCAGGGAUCAGCCAUUGCAGUAUGCGUUUCAGAUUAUCGUACAGGAUCCAACACAGCUUCGGCCCAAGCUUGCCCGAUAGUACAGUAAACCAUUAGUGCUAUGGUCUACGAUAUUUGUUUGUUUUUUGUAUUAUGUGCAAUAUUUGGGUAAUUUAGACAAAUAUUUAAUUAAAAUGAAAUGUUAAAUAUUGUUAUU